UUAUUUAUUUAUUUUUAGAAAUUUUCCUUAAAUAUAAUAAUAAUUAAUUAAAAAUAAAAUUAUAAUAUAACCAGCACCACCACCGAAAUACUCAUUCAUUCACGUGUGAAGCCAAUUUCCUCCAUGACAAUGGCCGUCGAUUCUUCCUUCUGUCAGCUUGCGUUUCAACUCAACAAAAUUGACGUUUACGAGUAAUGUUAAGAUACUUUCAAUUCAAUAACAGCUGGAAACUAAAUCUCAACCAGACUCAUAAAGAACAUUUAAUUCAUGAGUUUCGAGAGGGGAAUGGAAAUGUACCUGUCGGUUGUUCAUGUUUGAGGUUAAAUAAAUCAGGUGUUGAUGAUCUUAAUGCAAAGCUACCUCUAGAUUUACCGCCAAUUCUGGUCGAAGAAACUUCGAUUCCAGUAGGAUUGCACGGUUCACAGGUCAAAGAUGUUUAUAGUAUUUCAAUGGUACCAGAGGAAGGUGAAAAUGCAAGCAGUACUUCACCACUAGCUUUCUUAAGUGUUGUAGAGGUUCCUAAUCAAGCUAAAAGUGGAAUGUGUUUAGACGCUCAUAUAAAUUGCCAAAACAACAUUGAUUUUCAAAUGAAGAGCAAAGAUACUUAUACCCAGUGCAUAGUUGAUAUACCUAAUGCGAAUGGAAACUCAGUUUCACCUGAAUCCUAUGAAGACGGAGUUGAAAGUUUUAAAACUGGGAACUCACCAACAAGCGUACUGUGGAGAGAAUCUAGUCUAAAAGCAGGGGCAAAACUUAUGCAGAGUUUAGUAAACCUCAGCAAUCCAAGAGAUAAACCGGUCACUGAAAAGUUACAUGAUUUGCCGAGUAACAAAUGGAGAAGAUAUAAGCGCUCUACCUCAUUCGAUUCCAGAAAAGUUGCUCUUCUGUUUUCAAUAUUGUCAAGUUUGGGAACAUUGGUAUUGAUAUAUCUGACAUUGAGGGUCAGGCAGAAGGCUGAUGGGUUUGUUCUUAUGUGAAGGUUUCAAUCUUCGUUGCCUCCUGUUUAAGUGUACACUUCUAAGUUUCUAUGGUUUUUAAUAUAAACGUGUCUUUUGAAUUGUAAUAGAGCUCCUUGUGAUGAUGUUGAAGAUAGAAUUUGGGAAAUGCUAUUUGGCACGAAAAUGUAGAUUACGUUUAUCCUAAAAGCUUCCUCUGUUAUUUA